UGUCAGUUUCUCCGCCCACUUCUUCCGACAUGAACGUUGAGAAUUUCGGCGCUAGCGAGAGGCUGGUGAACGCGGCCUACGUGCGGCAGGGGGCGCAGGGCCGGCGCGCGCAUGAGCUGCGCCUGCGGGCGUUGCUGGAGCAGGGCAAGUGUCCUGAAGAUGGAUGGGAUGAAAGUACCAUCGAACUCUUUCUUCAUGAACUUGCCAUUAUGGAUAGCAACAAUUUUCUGGGCAACUGUGGUGUGGGUGAGAGGGAAGGAAGAGUGGCAUCAGGAAUGGUUGCCCGUCGGCAUUACAGGUUAAUCCAUGGAAUUGGGAGGUCAGGGGAUAUUUCUGCUGUCCAGCCUAAAGCUGCAGGUUCUAGCCUUUUGAACAAACUUACGAAUUCAAUAGUUCUGGACAUUAUAAAGCUGGCUGGUGUCCGGACAGUCACCAAUUGCUUUGUGGUUCCUAUGGCAACUGGCAUGAGUCUAACCCUGUGUUUCUUAACACUGCGGCACAAGAGACCAAAGGCAAAGUAUAUUAUUUGGCCACGCAUAGAUCAGAAAUCCUGCUUUAAAUCUAUGAUAACUGCAGGUUUUGAGCCAGUGGUGAUAGAGAAUGUAUUAGAAGGUGAUGAGCUGCGCACAGACGUAAAGGCGGUAGAGGCUAAAAUCCAGGAUCUUGGAGCUGAAAAUGUUCUCUGUGUUCAUUCUACUACAUCUUGCUUUGCUCCAAGGGUACCUGACAGACUGGAAGAACUGUCUGUGAUUUGUUCUAAUUAUGACAUUCCUCAUAUUGUCAACAAUGCAUAUGGAGUUCAGUCUUCAAAAUGUAUGCAUCUCAUCCAGCAGGGUGCUCGAGUAGGUAGAAUAGAUGCUUUCAUCCAGAGCUUGGACAAAAAUUUUAUGGUUCCAGUAGGUGGUGCUAUCAUUGCUGGCUUCAGUGAUUCCUUCAUCCAGGAUAUCAGUAAGAUGUACCCAGGAAGAGCGUCAGCAUCUCCUUCCUUAGAUGUCCUCAUUACCCUACUGUCCCUGGGUGAAAGUGGCUACAGACAGCUACUAAAAGAGAGAAAGGAAAUGUUUUCCUACCUUUCAGGUCAGCUGAGGAAGCUAGCAGAAGUCUACAAUGAGAGGCUGUUGAACACACCACACAAUCCUAUUUCCUUAGCUAUGUCUCUAGAGAAUCUAGAUAAACACAGUGACAUGGCUGUUACUCAGCUUGGAUCUAUGCUUUUCACAAGACAAGUUUCAGGAGCAAGGGUGGUUCCCCUUGGGUCUUUGCAAACAGUGAAUAACCACACUUUCAAAGGCUUUAUGUCACAUACAAAUAACUAUCCCUGUGCUUACCUCAAUGCUGCUUCAGCAAUUGGAAUGAAAAAGCAAGAUGUAGACCUGUUCCUAAAAAGACUGGAUAAGUGUAUGAAGACUUUUAGAAAAGAAAAGAGCAAUGGAAAAGAUGUGCCUGAAAUGGAUAACUGUACUAAACAUACAAGUGUGGGAGAGACUGAAGACUAGAACAAGAUGUGGAUUUUGGAACACACAAAGUUUGGGGUGUGUGUGUGUUUGUUUUUUUUGGAUUGUGUGAAGUUUGUAUCCUGUUUGUAUUGUGGAUUAUGCAAUACAGGGAGUGGAAAUUUAAAUUUAAAAAAAACUUGGAUGAAAUUCAGAUUUUAAAAAAAUUAUUGGGUAACAUUCACCGCUGUGCAGACAGCAAACCACAAGGCUUUUGCGCCUCUUAAAACCCACUCAAGUACUCAAAUAAGGCUUAAAUGGUAUGAAGGCUCUAAGAUGGGUCUUUCUCUAGAAAUGGAUUUGCCCCAUUGUGAUUGGAGUUGGACAAAUAUCUGAAGAAAAUUUCAGUGAAUAUUGAUUAAUAUUUUAAACUGAAUUUGCUUUAGCAGUGUUUUGUAUCCCUUCUGAUUUUGCUAUUGGUGUUCAUUUAGCAAACAGUCCUUUUUUGCUCACAAAAAUGUCUCUGGAAUGAGUGUUCAUACAUGUGAGUAUUUGCAUUCACAGCCAUUUCCUGCUACAUCUGUUUAUGGGCAUGAGAGUGGAGAUGGAUAUUAUUAAAUGAAAUUUUUAAAAUAAUGUGAGCAUGAGAUACAAUGGGGAGAGAUGGUUUUUCCAAAUCUCUUUCCUGAUAGUAAUUUGAACAGCUGAAAACAGGAGCCACAUGUUUGAAGUCUGUACAUGUUCUUAACUGGGGAACACCAUGGAAAGGCACAGACUCCCUAUGGCAAAGGGAAAUCCUACAAGGGAGUGUAACAGAGCAAUUUACAAGGAUUCAGCCAAUCCUCAGCCCCUGGAAAGACUUUCAGGGUUGAACAGUUCCACAGGAAGCAUAUGGGGGUAAACAGCAAGGAAAGAAGGGGGCUUCAGUAGGAAGGCAGUGAAAUGGGAAGAUCUCCCCUUCCUCUUGCAUUUGAUUUGUGCCUUAAUAAUUGCUGUCCUGAAUAGGAGAAAUCAGCAGACCUGAAGUUAUGGGAGAUUGCUGUUCCUCCUUAGGGCCCAUAGGAGAACCAGAUAUUCAUGGGGACUCCCAGGAUGUUAGAUUUACUCCAGCACUUCAAUAAAUUUGGAGACCAUGCCUCCUAAUUCUGAACCAUCUCCUGUGGGUGGUGCUGCUGCUGCCCCAGCUAUAUUCAGUCACUGACUGAACCGGUUCACCUAGCUGAGGGCUCAUAUCACUGAGUUUGCUUUUGUUGGCUUAGGCUUGUCAAGUUUUUCAUUUUAAAAAAGAAAUUAAAACGGGAUUCAUGUGGUAUAUGCAGAGUGGCAAUUUGGUUAAAUUAAAGAUAUUCCAAAUCAUUUAUUGGCCGAGUGGAGCAAGAUCUAAUGCUCAACUCAAUGGCAUUUCUCUGUGUUUGUCUGUAAUAUGAUAACUUUGGCAUGCCACAUCUGAUCAAUUUUAAAAAUAAUGGAAUGUUCUAGGCAUCCAUGGGCACACCUUCUGUUAGUUCUGAUGGAAAUCAGAACACCAAAAGAGCCUGAUUCAGAGGAAAAUCAGGGCCACAGACUGCCACAGGCAGAGGAAUGUCUGCUUCCCCCUUUACAUAGCAGAGGCAGCAGCUUAACCUGUUGAGUGGGGAGACUGUAGCCUGGACUCUAACAGAAAUGAGAGCUUUCCAGGCCUGGUAUAUAUGGAGGGAAGUGGGGGUGGGGGUGGAGUAGGGACCCAGAGAGGGAGGGGGCCAGGGUGAGGGUAUGCAGCAGGGACCAGAGGGAUGGGGCAGUCGUGAUGGGUGAAGCAGGGACCCAGAGUGCUUUGCGGGGAGAAGCAGGAUCUGCAAGAGAAUAUAGGGAUGGGGAGUGGUGGUGGUGAGGGAAGCAGGGGCCCAGAGUGGAGAUGUGGGGAGAGGAAAGGUUGUGGAUAAGGAGUCAGGAGGGGCAAACCAUAAAUACUUGGGGCUGGAGAGCAAGGACCUGGAGAGUGGGGAAUGGUGAUUGGGAGUGUAACAAGGCAUCCCCUUGGUCCUGCCUGUGCUCUGCUCCAAAAACUGCUCCAAGACCUUCUGACUCAGCAGUCACCAGUGCAGUUUAUUUGCAUAGUGCCAUCCCACCACCUUCUCACCAGGUGUACACCUUGGGGAUUCCAGCCUUGAAGACUCCUUAGUCUCUGGACUCAGGAGGGCAGAGCUACCACACUCCUUCCCUGACUCUCCGCCCCCACCUCUGGGCCUGUAUAUAAAACCAGGCUAAUCAGGCUGGCAGCUGUUUCUCCUUUACCAAUCAGCCACUGGUUUACCUCCUUUAAUUGGAGCUGGAGUGACAAGGCUGGCUCAGUCUUUCCUGCUGAGCACCCUGUCACAGGGAGGGAGGUAUGCAGGGAACACACAUAGACCAGAACAAUGGGGGUACACGCUGAGCCCCUGUUAUGAGGAAAGGGGUGGAGGAGUUGUAGGGAGACCCUGAAAUAGAGGAGGAUGCAGUAUGACACACAAGGAGUUUACUGCGGGGGGGAAAGGAGGAAUGCAAAUAGCCCCUGGGGGCACAUUGUGCGUGGCCUGCUGAAGCUAUGAAGAAUGUGGCCCACUAGUUUUACUUACACACACACACAUUUUGUUUUGUGAUACCAUUGUCUGUGGUGACUUGGCAUAUUUUUACUUUAACAUAAUAUCACCAUUUAAAUGCUGCAUGCAUUUUCUAGCCUCAAGUUAGAUUUUUUGUUAAAUUUAUUUGUUCACAAGCAUGAUUUGUGUAUGCCAUUGUAAAAUACUGUUAUACAAACUAAGGCCCAUAAAUUGUAGAAUUCUGCCAGCCAGAACAGACCUGCCAGACCUCCGAUUCUGCCAAUGCCACAAGCCUUUGUGCCUCAUUUGUCCACUUCUUCCAUGGGCAUCGUCAUGGCUUCUUUCCCCAACACUAAUCUCUAUGCCUAGAAUGGCCUGCAAGGGCCACUAUUCUCUCUGCAGUCAAAUCUGUUCUUCAGGCUCACAUUGAAGACUCAGCAAAUGUCCUCAUGAAGCAAGUCAAUUUAAUUUUUUUUUAAAAACCUUGUACCUUCAUGAUGUGCAUGUGCCUUAAACUAAAUACCUCUGUGAUCUUAUUGCUGCUACUCUUGUUCCUCCUCACCCUGCUGUUUGUCACUGUCACUUGCUGUGUCGCUGUCAUUUGUUAUGUCAUGUCCCAUCUUAAUUUAGACUGUAAGCUCUGGAGGCCAGAUGCUGUGGGUAAUUUAAUAACUUGAAAUGAAAUUUGAUUUAAAUAAUCCAAACUCCAAUGUAUUUUUAAAAAACAAAUGGAAAAGAAUUACCAAACCUUUGUGUUGGUCUCUUACAAUGCAGAGCUAGUUCUGUAGAAAAGAUCUGAGCCAAACUAUUAAACAGAAUGCUUUUAAAGGAAGAUUAGAACAUCAUUGACCACUAUCCACCAGUAUGUAUGAUAAAGUAAGUAAUGUACAUUCCAAUUAUGCUUCAGUUACUAACUUAAUCUUUCCAUAUGUCCCUUAUAAAAACCAAUUAUGGACAAGGUCCCCUCAAGACUAUGGAAAUACUACCCCUUGGAAGUGGACAGGGUUUCACAGCACUGCUGCUAGAAGGUGGUGAUAGAAUGAAGGCAGCUCUGUUUGGAGGUAGAGUGAGAGGGAAAAGCUGAUAAUGGCUGCCUUCCAUGAAAAUUUUGCAAUGAGAUUGUAUGGGGAAGGGGAAGAACUCAAGAACCUUUGCCACACUGCACCCAGCCACAAAGUUCAUAGGAAGGCAGGAGUGAACUGACAUUUGACCUGAUGAUGAUGUGGAGAUUUUGAGCAACUGCACUUUCAACAUGAUGGAAGAAGUAAGGCCACAGGGCCUCCCACAACUCCUCAAAGAAACCCAAAGUAAGUGGUUGAGAGGGGGUGGCUCUGGGUGUAGGAGGGGGCCAGUGCUGUUUCCUCUCAAGGUGUGCGAGAAGCAGUGCUUUAGUUCCAUUUUACCAUAUAAUAACCUGUGCUAAUUAGUUCCUGAAUGUUUGACAUGCCUGAUUAAUUGUGUAUUAAGAUCACCUGUAAUGUCUUACUUUAAAUGAUCCAGGACAAAAAUACAUAAUAAAUGUUUUAAUGUAUUUGUCUUUGCAGUCUUGAAUAUUUUUGUCUAGUUUAUAUAAAUCUCAUUUCAGAGGAUCAGGCAAAUUCUUCAAGUGUUUGUCACAUAUACUGCACUGUUGGUGUGUGCUAUGUCUGUUGGGGUCCAACCCUACACCCUGAGUUUACUUAUGCCUCCAACUGAGUAUUUAAAGGGUGGGGGUGGCCCCAACCACCUAGUUCCUUCUUACCACCUGUGGAAUUUGAAGUUUCUCAGCUUGCUCAGUGUGUGAUC